GCUGGCGCGAGCGGGUGAGGCAGACAGUUGGCUUGUGGCAGUGGGCGCAGGAAGGUUGUCGCUGUUUGUUUGUAGCAAGAUAUCGCGCUCUGUGCUUGGCUCUCUCUCUCAGCCUCGGAUUGUAACUGUUGACUCCAGCCAGACACCAUGCCGGCCACACACGACCAGCUUAACAAAUACAACAAGAUCGAAGCCUUCGUGAAAGGCUUCAAACUGUCGACGUCGUCGUACAAGCGGGUGAUGCACCUGCUUCACCAGGAGAUGGACAACGGUUUGCAGCGUCACACGCAUUCUAUCGCCGACAUCAAGAUGUUCCCCACCUUCGUCAGAUCCCUGCCCGACGGCAGUGAAAAGGGGGACUUCCUGGCGCUUGACCUUGGUGGAACCAACUUUCGUGUGCUGCUGGUGAGGCUUCAGGGCCACGACAUCGACAUCCAGUCCAAGACCUACCUAAUUCCUCAGCGCAUCAUGUUGGGAACGGGCACCCAGCUGUUCGACCACAUCGCCGACUGCAUCGGCAAGUUUGUGCGCGACCACAACCUGACGGGCCACACGCUGCCCCUGGGCUUCACCUUCUCCUUCCCCUGCAAGCAGGAGGGUCUGGCGAAGGCGCGCCUGUCCAAGUGGACCAAGGGGUUCCGGUGCGAGGGUGUGGUGGGCGAAGACAUCUGCGCCCUGCUCCAGGAGGCGCUCAAGAGGAGAACGAACUGCAACGUGGAGAUCGUGGCCAUCGUCAACGACGCCGUGGGCACACUGAUGUCGGCGGCGCAUGUGGACCGGAACUGCGAGAUCGGCCUGAUCCUCGGCACCGGCUGCAACGCCUGCUACAUGGAGACCCUGGACAACGUCCAGACCUGGGACGAGGAGCAGAACCACCCUGAACAGGUGAUCAUCAAUACAGAAUGGGGUGCAUUUGGUGACAACGGGUGCCUGGACUUCCUCAGAACCGAGUACGACAGAGAGCUAGACACUUUCUCCAUUAACCCGGGAAAACAGAUCAUGGAGAAGAUGAUAUCCGGCAUGUACAUGGGCGAGAUCGUGAGGCUGGUGCUGGAAAGACUGACGAUGGAGAACCUGUUGUUCCGCUCCGUUGACCACGAGUGUGAGCUGUUUGAACGUGGCCGCUUCUUCACCAAAUAUGUUUCUGAAAUCGAAAGCGACACAGACGAAUUUUUCCGCAACACCAAGCAAGUGCUGGAUGAGCUGGGAGUGGAGAACUACACGACUGAAGACUGCAAGAUCGUCAAGUAUGUGUGCACGCUCAUCUCUGCACGAGCCGCAUUCCUGGCCGCAGCAGGCCUGGCAUCCCUGAUCAACCGGAUGAACAAGCCGGAGAUCACCAUCGCUGUGGACGGUUCGCUCUACCGUUUCCACCCUCGCUUCCACAACCUCAUGUGCCUCAAGAUCCAGGAGCUCGUCAAACCUGGGCUAAAGUUCAAGCUCGUGCUUUCCCACGACGGAAGUGGCAAGGGAGCUGCGCUGACGGCAGCCGUCUCACUGCGCCUGCGCAACAUGAAGUUCGCGCAUCAGCCGGAAGGAAUCGAAGUUCCCCUGCAGAUCGGUAUUAAGCAGGAAGCUUGAGCAAAGACCAGGCCCUCUCGAUUCCACGCAAACACUAAAAGCUGUGCGAGAAGCUUCUAUCGCUGACCUACGAUUUCUCAUCACACAUCAGGACAUUGCCAAACGGGGAGGGGGUCCAGGUGGGAGCGAAAGGCGCCGGAAGUGAGCAGCUAGACCUUCAUUCGCUUGCGAGUUCUUCAAGUGUAUCAGCCAGCGCGCGCCUUCUGCUCUUUCUGACGACAGGUUUCAGCCCUCGUGUAAUUCUUCAAGCGAGUUCUUGGACUUUUCAUCUGCUGAGAAGGAAGAUGGUCUUUUCUUUGGCAGCAGCUUGGGCAUCAUGAAGACCGCUUGAUUUUAUUUCUUCUGAGACUAAAGUAGCCGAACAACUUGCUGAUUUUUGCUUCUUUUUUAUAUAUAUACUUUUUUGGGGACUGGAGCAGUAGCAGCCAUGCAGGUGGUUGAUUUCUGUUUUUUUUUCCUGGGAGUAAAGCAAUAGCAGCCAUGCAGAUGGUUGAUUUCUGCUUUUUUUCUUGGGAAUAAAGCAGUAGCUGUCACCAAGUGGUUGAUUUCUGCUCCCCCCCAAAUCCUCUAUGAGACUGAAGCAUUAGGGCAACUAUUUAGCAUGUAGACUUGUCACUGGCGACACCUGGGUAUUCACACAUUUUGGACUCUACCUUCCCUUCUUUAAACGAACUACCUCUAACACUGUCCGCAAUGGUAAGUGGACGGGGGCUUGUGAUAUUAACUGGGGUGAGUCGUUUCUUGUAGGUGGUGGGAGGGGACUGUGUGUGGAUGGAGGUGAGAGACCUUCACCGAUUGUUCCAGCCAUGUCCGACCUGGAAUGUCGGGAAGGGAAGACAUUAAAGACCGGAUGUGGUAGAGAUGGUUGUGUUACAUGAACACUUCACCUAGAUGAGUCAGUCCCCUCCAAGAAAGCAACAGAAAACUUGAGGAUCGUUACAUCGCAAUAAACAGCUGCCGAGGGUAAAUUUCUAGAGAAAAUUCUUUAUAAAAGCAGAGUUACACUUAAAACUAAUUGAAGCCGAACAGAAGAUACCAAAAAAUUUCUUCCCUCCUUAAUUCUUUCUUUUCUUCCUGAUAUAUACUUUUUUGAGAUUAUCUCUCUCUCUCCCACCCCCCUCUUCAGUUCCCGUCGCCAGAUUGCUUCUAUUAUCUAUCAUUCUUGGCACUCGUCGUCGUUCUCAUCUUUAUGAUCCUGAUCCUGUUUAUAUGUCAUCAUCUGCUGCCAUUGUUACCCUUUUGUCAUCUUCGUUUUAAUGUCUGGCAUACUGUUUUGAAAAAAAAAAGAAGAAAAAAGAAAAAAAAGUGCAUACGUGGAGCCCAGCCGGGAAUCGUUACUUUGUGAUGAGGACAGUUACUUGUGAUAAACACUUGCUGGAGGCCUGACACGUACGAGGACUGCUGCUGCGGAGGAGAGUUUCUGCUCCUCCCAGGACUGGAGGAUGUGAGGGUGGACUGUGGGGCUCGUCUUCGAUGACGGAAAUGCAUCACGUGGUUUCACUGAGCAGGAUAUUUGCUGUCAUCAAGAUGGGGUAGUACCCAGCUCCCUGCAGCAAGGGGGGAUGGGAUGUUUAAAAAUCUGUGGGAUAAACUGUUGGUAGUGGGGAUAAGAUGCAUCAAGUAUUGUUUUGGUUUAUAAUUUUCAUCCUUUUCUUUUUUGGUCUUUUGUGGGUCAUUGAAAUAUAGUUCUAACUUGUAAAUGACUAGGCCCUGUACUUCUCCCCAACCUCCCCGAUUGUCUGUCCGACUUCUGUCCACCAGUCGACAAAAGAUUACACAUCUGCACACUGACCUAUGAGCUGCAUGAGUAGUGUUCAUUAUUAGCUGAACUGGUGGAAGACCGUAGUGGUUGUGAUCAUUCCUUGCUUGUGGGUUUUCCCCCUCCCCCUCCCAGUUACCCCCCGCCAACGUCCGGACAGGGUGGCAGGAAGGGGUGGAAUGUGAGAAAGUGUAGAAGCAAGAUCAUGUUGGAUGUAAGAGGGCAUUAGCUAUGCAUUCCGAUGUUGCUCAAUUUUGCUCUGGAUUUGCUUCUUCGCUGAAAAUUCUCAUCCCCGUUACUGAGUACAGGGCGCUGCCGUGAGUUUUAUAUAUAUACUCUUAUUUUAAUCAGAUCGUGCGUGCCUGCUUUUUGUACACAUGUGUGUGUGUUUGUCUGAGCUAGAGAAAAACAUUUUAGCAAAGAUAGAGAUUUAUUAAGGAUUAGUUAUUUUCAAAAUGAAAUUACGCGAAUAAAUAUAUAUAUACAUGUAAAAUACAUAAUAUUCUAAUAUAUAUGUAGAGUAUGUAUUGUAUUCAUAUAUAUAUGAACUGUAAAUUGAAUAAGUUUAACAUUAAAUAAGAUUUGAUUUUGUCUGUGUCAUCCUUCAAUCGGAGUAAACAAUAAAUACUCGACACUUCGAACAAUCUUUUAAUAGAAAUGCAGGAAGAAAUCAGAAAUUAAAAUAUUUAUUUCCUUGAAAACUGACUUUUAACAUAAGCUGUCCGAAAUCUGUACCAGUUAUUGUUAAUGUUUUGUUUCUUGCUAAAUAAUUUAAUAUAAGAAAGGUUAGAGAUAAUGACAAACCUCAGAUAUGAGCCCUUGUCGACAAGAGAAAUGUCAGAAAACGGUGGCCGGCAAGUUGCAAUGGCGCCUGCAGUGUUGGACAACAUCGGAAAGCUUUCAAACUUUUGUUUUUGUUUUUUCAAUGUUUGCAUAUGUUAACCUGAAUGCAGGUUCCUGAAAUUUUUACUUGUUCAGAAGACAUCUUUUAGGAGUUUGUCCCUCACCUUCACUUGUUUUCCCUUCACUGUGAUGACAGUAGUUAAGACUACACACCAAAGGAUCAACUGGGUAGAACGGGGGGAGGGGAAAAGAGGGAGGGAGUGUAGUUGACCUUUGAUCCCGUUGUUCUGAGGGGAGCUGUGUCCAAAGCAGAGUUGUGGAUGCCGUCCCUCCUCCAGUUCCAGUGCGCUGUCAUGUCUUUCCUGCAUUUGUUACAUGUUGCUCAUACCGAGAAUAUUGUUUCUUCAGAGCUGUGAUGAGUGUUGUUGGUGUUUGCUAAAGCAAUGGGCGCCAUAAAUGAAUGACACUAGCGAGAGAAAGAGAGAUUGUGAGAUAGAAUGAGAGAGAAAGAAAAGCAGUAUUAACUAUUGGCAGCUCAUGGUCUGCCAAUGGUAUUGUGUUUCAAGCGUGUAUAAGGCCAGGUUGAGCGGAGUUCAAAGCCCAUAUAUUCUUAGAAAUUCGUUAUUACACCGGAAGCAUGUUUUUAUUCCCUGCAUUUAUUAAUAGCUCCAUUCAGCGAGUCAUCUUGUCAGAUAAUGAGAAGGAAACGAGGAUUAAUGACAGACUAGUGUCUCAGAUUCCUUCUUGCACUUUUUUUUAAAAAGAAAAGAGGUUGAGAGGCGGUCACCAAGAGGACACAUUUCCUGUCAUCGCUGCAGAUGACUGGCAAGGAUGCAUGUGUUGUUGCCUCGCCAAAGCGGAUGAUGAAACUUGAAACACCUACCCAAUACCCGCUCUGUACCCAGCUAUCAUAGCCUCAUCAAGCAUCACACUAAUAAGCAUUUGGUCCAUUUUUUUAAUUUUAAUUUUAAUUUUUUUUAAACCUGAACAAACACAGCACCUGUUGACGAGAACUACUUGCCGCUAUGUCAAAGCUAUGUUUGUAUUAUUUUAACACUUUGCGGUUUUCUUGUUUUUUCAUCUCGCACUGGGAUUUAUUUCGCUGGUUGUUGAUGCUCCUCGGUAUGUAUCGCUUUUUGGAAGCUAUGAAUUUGUAAACAUUGUGCAUAAUAUUAUGCACAGCAUGGUUUAUUAGAAAAGAAUUAACCUGUUGCUAAAUCUUGUGGAGCACCAAGGUUUUGUUUAAAUGCAUCUUUUUUGCGAGUUGACCUGAUUAUUCUUACUCCUGUGUACAGGCUGUACAUGUACUUUAACCAUUACAUCGGCUUAUUUGCAGCAUUCAAUUGAUUUGAAGGAAGUAUACGCCAGAGGACAACAUAUUUAACACGAAUAUUAUGUAGAUGUGUUACCAAAAAUGCAUAGCACUAUUUUGUAUGCAAAACAAAAUCUGUCAAAGUAUCUGCUUGGUUUUGAUUUUGCACUGUAUGGAAUUUUAGCACUCGGAUGGUAGCUAAUAUGUGUGAUGAACCUCAUGUGAUGUACAUAACUGCAGAGGUCGGUUGUUUUUAAACGGGGGAAUAUCCACAUACCCCCCAAACGGUAUAUUAUUUUCUUUUUACCGGGAAUGACUAUGUAGCCCCAGGACGGUACAAUAUUUCGGAGAUAGCGCCUAUGUUUCAACAUGCUGUGUUCGGACCUUAGUGUGGGCGGUUUUUUCCAGUGGCCUUCAGUUAUUGUUUCUUAUGGCGCAUUCAGUAAUAAAGCAUUGCAGAAAA